UUGCUAAUGAUGUUAAUCCUAUUGAAAAUAACAUUCCUAAUAAUAUUAAUAAUAUUAAAAAUAUUUCUAAUAGCAUUGCUAUUCAACUUUUGAAUAUUACUAAUAUUUUUCUUGAAUAUGAAAAAAUUUCUGAACAUAAAAUUCUUCAUCA